CUCCGCUCAGGCACUCCACACUGUGUGAGGGCUACCGCAACCAGAUCAUUCACUCAUUACAGUCCGUUAUCCUCCGGCAAGCGCCCAGCGAGCCCAGCGUCUCCGGAGCUCCAAGCUUGGAGACUGCUGCAACGGAUGGAGCCGCCCUAAGCAUAGGCAUUCGACUUCUAUCUUCCAUCUGGUUGGAGACUCUCUGGAGCAAUGGCGGAGGUUUACGAGUCCUACGCUAGGUCUCCACCUCCGUCACGUGGCUCGGCCAGAGAACGCGACGAGUACCGCGCACCGGACACUUAUCGUGAUAGACGAGACACGAGGCGCUCACCUGACCGACGUCGCGAUCGUGAACGCGACCGCAGACGCUCGCGCUCGCCAGCUCAGAUUGACCGCUACCAACCAGACCGUCUUCCCCGUGACGACUAUUACCGGAAUCGCGAUGACACACAUCGUGAGCGCAGGCGCUCGUCUCCGCAGCCAAUCGAUCGCUACGUGCCUGGUCAGGAGCCGGCAACGCCGCAGCUUUUGGUCAAUCCUAUGCCGGAUCCAUUAAGGCUUGAAUUCCAGGUUGGCUUCACUUGGUUUGCCGAGUGGUGGCGCACAGAGCAGCGUAUCAAGGACGAGAAGGAGCGUCAGCGGGCUGGUAAAGGACCGCCUCGCAUCCGUGGUGAGCGCGAGAUGCGAGAGGAGAGAGAUGCUGAGCGGCCACGUAUUCAGGCAGCCUACGAUCAGUACAAGGCCAAUCUACAGAAACAACAGGCGCAGACUUUCGUGAGGCUACACAAAGACGAGGAUUGGUUCCGUGAGCGCUAUGUGGCCGAGGUGCAGGUCCCAUUCCGCAACAAGCUCAUGGAUUUCCGCAGGAUGCUGUUUACCCAGUGGCAACAAGACCUGGAAGGCGGUAUCUUCGAUGAUUUCACCCUUGAAGGGAUCUAUAAGUCGGAGUCGAACGGUCUCGGCGGCAUCUUGGAGAAGGAGGAGGGCGAAACGACCGCAGCGGCUGAAGUGCUUGGUGUUGGCGAUCUUCUGCCUUCGCGUGGAGGAGACCUGAGGGACCAGAUAGCAUUCCAGCCUACGCUGCUUAUUAAGACUAUCGCUCCGACAGUGACACGCGAAAAGUUUGAGGCGUUCGCAAAGGAGCAUCUUGGAGAGGGCGAGGGUGGCUAUAUGCACCUGAGUCUGUCCGACCCCAAUCCGCUCAAGAAGUGCCAUCGCAUGGGCUGGAUCAUGCUAAAGUCUGAGUCCGAGGAGCCGCAACAACAAGAGGAGCAACACUUAGCUGCGGCGGCUGGCGAAGAAGGUGAGGCUGCAGAUGGCAUGUCUGCUGCACCAUCCCGGCCCAAGUCUACAGCCGAGAGAGCGCUAGAAAAGAUCAAUGCAAAGACGAUCGAAGAUCCCGAGCGCGGUAACUUCACAGUGCACUGCGGCGUUCAUCGUCCGCCUGAUGCGCCCCGGAAGAAGGCGCUCUGGGAUCUGUUCUCCGCGCCAGAGCGAAUAGCGCGCGAUCUGGAUUUGGCCACUCGUCUAGUGCGUAAGCUUGACAAUGAGCUGGGCGACGAGUACUUUGGCGCCGCGAAGAUUGAGGAGCGAGUACAGAGUCUUUCCGAUCAAGGGUUGCUGCAACCUUCGGUCACCUCCAAGCCACCGAAAGAGGCUAACAUGGACGAAUUUGUCGAGGAUGGUGAGGAAGAAGAAGAAGGCAUGGUCGAAGAUGAAGAUGAGACGGACGAUGAGGAGCUCUUGACGAAGAAGAAGAAGCUUGACCUGCUCGUCGAGUACCUUCGACGAGUCUACAGCCUCUGCUUUUUCUGCGUUUUCGAAAGCGAUUCCGUACACGAGUUGCAACGCAAGUGUCCAGGAGGCCAUCUCCGCCGACCGCGCGCGUCACUGACUUCGACGGCGAAGGAAGUGGCUAAGGCGUCCGCCAUGGGCGAGGAGUUCCCGCUGCGCAAGAACGGCUCAUCGAAGAAUUCAUUGGAGCUGACCACCAGCCGUGAAGGCGACGAUCUCGAGAUGGAUGGUGAAGGCAGCCCGGUGGAGGAGCGUAAGAUGCAGCUCAAGCCUAGCGCAAGGAACGCGCAGCAGCUACAGCGGGCGUUCAACUGGGUUAAGACGUUCGAGGAGAAGAUCUUGCAGUGGUUGGAGCCGGAGAAGGUUAACCUCCGGAAGCUGGGAGGCAUGCCGGUGGAGGAGGGCGUUGACGAGGAACUGACCAAGUUCGCCAAACAGGAAGACACCAACAAAUUCCGCUGCAAAGUGCCUGGCCCGGAUAACUGCACCAAACUUUUCAAGGGUCCCGACUUCUGGCGCAAGCAUGUCGAAAAGCGACACGAAGAUUUCUACAACCGCGUCCGCAACGACAUCCAGCUCGUCAACACCUAUGUUAUGGAUCCGGCGCAUAUUGCUCCUAGCCGCAGCGACGCGAAUAGUAACGGCCACUUCCCAUUGAACAACAACAUGCCCACCGGCACGCCGAGAGGCUUUCAGCUCAGUCAGCAUAUGCCCAUGGGCUUCCCAAUGGCGGCGGCGGUGCCUGGUCCGAUGGCAGGUGGGAUGUGGACGCCUGGUCAACCGAUGCCGAUGGCUGCAGCAUUUGGGGCGCCGACCAUGGGCUUCCCACAUAGCGGAGUCGGCCCAAUGCGCAAUACUGGCCGCAACACAUACACCGGCUUGAACGGCUUCGGUGGCGGCGGAACGCGAGCGCCUGGGCCGUAUGGCCGGAAUGAUGGGAGAGGGCAGCGGAUGAUGAUGGGUGGUGGCGUGGGUGGGUUGCGCGGUGCGUUAGCUCCGGGCAUGGCGAAUGGGAUGGAGGGUGGAACCGGUGCUAUGGGCCCGCGAGAGGCGGUAGCGGGGAGGCAGCUGAGGAGCUAUGAGGACCUCGACGCGGACCAGUCGGCUGGUACCACAGAGCUCAAUUAUUGAGGCGCUUAUUGAAGCUAAAGAUGAGGGCUUGGUGCUGGCGGCUGGCUUAUUGGAGAUGGUUGAGGCGUACGGUGUUCAUUUCGAGGUAUUUUGGUCGGAGACUAUUGAUGUACGUACCAUUGCAACGCUGGCUCCUAGUGCGAAGCCUGUUGAUUACAGAAAGUUGGAUCAAUGCUGCACCGUCUCACGCUCG